AUGUCAUCUGUUAAAGAUGCAGAUUUGAUUAAAGGGAAGACUUGUCGAGCUAUUGAGAAAAUGCUCGAGGCAAAAAAAGACGUUACUGAGCGGUACAAGGAAUGGAACGGACAUGGCAUCUUCACGGUGGAGAAACUUGAAAGUGCUGUCGAAGAACUCAUUUGCUGCAACUUGGACAUCCAAGAAAGCCCGACUACAUGUUCCGGGACCGAUGUUGCAUCUAUCGUUUCCAUCAAAGCACCCGAUCGCCGGCCAAGCGAAUAUUGCGACAGUCCAGUGGAAAUUCGAGAAGCGUUGUUUCCAACGUUUGAAAAAGUCAAACUUUGCGCCGAUGCAAAAUAUUUCUAUCCCAUGGCCUGCGGUGCUAGUCUUGUGGACGAGGGUAUUUUGCGCGCAAUUGCUGAUUCCGGGAAUGAUGUUAUGAUUGGCGACUACUGCGAAGCAGCCUCUGAGGACGUCCUCUCCCAGCUACAGCAGACAGGGGCAGCAGCUGUUGCCUUUCUCAGGGCUUGCAAUCUUGGGGGAUUACUUCAAGACUGGCAUAUAGACAUUCUGGUUGCCGCCCAUGUACAGUUCAGAGUCCUGGGCUAUUACCGUAACCAUGCUGUUCCAAUUCUACCCGAGGGGCUAUAUGGCAGUCGCAUGACAGAGUUAACAACCCAUCGACACAUUGAUAUCGCCAAUACAGUUGGAAUUGUUGCAGCGUCCCUGGCAACUGGGCAGCGACUCGACGAGCCUGAAUAUAUGAAACUGUCCCAUGGGUCGACCCUGAUCAACGACUUGGUCGAUCUCCGAAGCGAUACAAUGCGCAAACAAAGAGAGAAUCCCGUCCUCAGAGGUAUAAGAGGAUCGGUCUGUCAGUAUCUCAACAAGCAGAUGCUUGAUUGCUUGAUUCUCACGAAAGAGCUUGUGGAGACCAAGCAGUUACUUGCCAUAGCCACAAUGGCUUUCUGCAACUGGACUGUCAUGGCCUCUCACCACAAACUAUAUGAGUUAAUCAAUGAAACUCUUGAAAACAGAGACGUCCCAAACUGCAGCUAUGAUGGUCUAGAAGAGCAAUAUGAUGGACUGUUGAAGGCGUUGGAACCGUAUGGAUCACUGGGGCAUGAUGGUCCGCACUGGGGGAGAAAACGCAUGGAACUGGAUACGCUAUAUACCAUCAACCGUCGGUCAGCAAGGAGUCAUUUGGCUUGGCUAGCUGAUAUGACGAGGUUGUUGCUAAAACCCUCCAAUUUUCGGAGGAUUGUUGACGUCGUACAUUACGCUUGGGCUGGUGACAUUGGCCAAGUGGAAUACUGCCCAUGA